UGGGGCACCUAUGAAAAGUAGUUAACAUCCAACUCAGGUGGUGUUUCUUUACCUUGGACGAGAGCACAGAUCAUCCUUCCGUCCGUCCGACUGGAAGCCCCCUCUGGAUCUCAUGAUGAUUGUUUUUCUUUCUUGCCUGUGAGAUUCGUCCUCCAGGACGACCAGCAUUUCUAAACUCAUUAUCACAACAUCCUAAACACACUUAUCUAGACACCCACCUGGCUCCUCUGGCUGUCCAGGAGUUCACUGGAUCUCCACUAGUGGUCCAUGAUGUUCAGCUCUGGGCAGCUCCUCUCUUCUCUCAACCCUGGCGUUCUGCACUCCCCGGCGACUCAGUUCUUCCCUGCGUUCCCCAGCAGGCUGGGCCAUCCUCAGCUCCUCAUUCCCGCUCCGCUGCUCAGCUACGAGCUUCUCCGCACCUACCUACAGCCUGAACCUUGUAAACAGGCUCUGCUCCUGGCCUCGCAGGCAUCUUCCUUGGUCCGGCUUUCCACCGACACUGAUGAGCCACGGCCUGCCAAGCAGCGGCGCGCUCGUGCCAACUACAGCAGCUGGCAGCUGGAAGAGCUGGAGAAGGCCUUCAAGAGCACGCACUACCCUGAUGUGUUCAUGCGCGAGGCCCUGGCGCUCCGACUGGACUUAAUCGAGGCUAGAGUUCAGGUCUGGUUCCAGAACCGCAGGGCGAAGAUGCGCCGUCAGAUGAAGCUUCAAGGCCAGAGCGGAGACCUGUGUGCUCGAAAAGACACGGAGUCUAGGCAGCCAGCGCCGCCCAGGAGGAUCGCCGAGUCGGACGUCGACAUGGUCCCCUGCUGGGACAGCGAACAGGAGAGGGGCGUUGGACACAGGCUGCACCUGGGGGCCAGGGAGAUGGGAGAGACCAGUCCCGAGGAGUUCCGCUUCUGCAGCAUCGCCAAACUGAGGGCCAAAGCCAGGGAUUACGAGGCCGAGAUCCACAGCACCGCAGCCAAGGGGGAGAGGAAGUGGUGCUUAAAAGCUCAGAUGUCUGAAAGUGAAUGACAAAAGCAUGGGUUCUGAACUCCGGUGCGGUAGACGUGGGAAUAUCUGAAUUCCUGUGGGGUUAUUUAUUGUCUACUUAUUCUUACACAAGGUGGAGAUGAUGUUUUAGGUAUAAGUAUUAAUUAAUACUAAACUGUUUCUGUUAUGUAAUAGUAAUCAUUUCAGAUUGCUUUCCCAACAGCUGGUCAUUUUACCUUCAGUUCAAAAUAAACUGG